AUGCCCUAUAAAUCAACAGAUGCUUCCAAGUCUAAGCGAGUCAGGAGAGCCUACACUCCAUACCAACUUCUAGAGGUGGAGAAGCAAUUCGACACUAAUACGUACCUGAGCCGACCAAGGCGCAUCCAAGUCGCAGAGGAGUUGGACCUGGUGGAACGUCAAAUAAAGGCCUUGUUCCAAAAUAGAAGGAUGAAGUACAAGAAAACAUAA